GGGGUGCCACCGGUGCCACUACAAUCCAUCCAUCCGAACACAAACAUGGCGUGCAACGUCGGUCGGCUUUCGGUCAAAAAGACCGCAAUCUUUCUCUGCGACAUGCAAGAGAAGUUUCGAAACACUAUCAAGUAUUUCCCGGAGAUUGUGAGCGUUUCGCAGAGGCUUUUGAUAACGGGAAAAACGCUUGGCAUGCCGGUCACAGUGACGGAACAGUACCCAAAAGGUCUCGGACACACCGUGCCUGAACUAGGCCUCGGCGACUACCCGGACGUGAAGCCGAUAGCCAAAACACAGUUUUCUAUGGUCACAGAAGAGGUUGCUCAGCAACUCGACGACCGUAACUUGGACUCUGUUGUUCUUUGCGGAAUCGAGGCACACGUCUGUAUACAGAACACAGCUCUCAACCUCCUAGAACAAGGGUUCAACGUGCACGUAGUUGUUGAUGCCUGCUCUUCACGGACCAUGGUUGACAGAAUGUUUGCGUUUGAGCGAAUGAAAGCAAGUGGCGCAUGGCUUACGACGAGCGAGAGUGUGAUACUAGGACUACUUGGAGGAUCCCACCACCCAAAGUUCAAGGAAUUGCAAAAAUACAUCAUGGAAUCUGCACCCGACAGUGGAUUGUUGGACUACAGAAAGCCCUUCUAAACCAGUGCCACACUGCAGAAAGUGCAUAGCUCUGUAUUUCAAUUUUGUUUUCAUAGUCUAUAUUUUUGUAUGUUUGAUAUAGACACUCUUUAAGAUGUUUGUACAAUACAAUUCCGGACAAAACUAUUUUCUAUGCUCUGCCCACAUCUAGGCUAUGCCAACUUUGAUCCACUGUUGUAGUGAAGGAAAUGCUUCUACUAGCUGGUUUCCUAGGUGUCUUUCUUUAUUUUUUUCUUCUUCUUCGUCAAUUAAUCUUUGUCGUAGGAGACUUCUGCAGCUGAGAACUGUACAUCACUGCACAAUACUGUUGCAAUCGUGUUGAACUGAAAAGUCGAUAUACAAAUAAAAUGUUUAAAGGCAGAA